AUGCUGAAUCCGAACGAAAGCUGGGAAGGAGCUGAAGUUGCUGGAGUUGCAAACGAGAAGCCUGAGGAUGACGAACCAGGCAAAGAAGGGGCAGACGGAGUUGAAAACGCACCGGUGGUAGAUGGAUUGGUUGACGAGGUGGAUGGAGUCUUGAAUGGCAGUGCACUACUCCCUAGAGAGAAGGGAGAAGCCGAAGAAGUAGAAGAGGACGAAGAGAGAGAGGAAGGAAAAGCUGGAGUCGAGCCCCCAGAAGACGCCGUGAAGGAAGGAAACGACGGGGCAGCGGAUGCAGAGGAAGCACCAGAGGAGAACGUAUUGAACGCCGGAGUAUUAGAGGACCGAGCGCCGGCGGAGGACGAGGAGGGAGUCGAUGUUCCAAACAAGGAGGGGAAGGCACCAGGGGACGUAACGGCGGCGGUGGCAAAGAUAUUGGAAGUGGAGGAGGCCCCGAAACCGAAGGGUGAUGGAACUGAGCCUGCACCGAAGCCAGGCGUUACAUUGGUGGACGCCACCGGCCCCGUCGAUGACGAAGGACCUGACGAGAACGGUAUUGUAGCGGCGGCCGUGGCGGCGGAAGGUAAAGAAAACGACGCUGAUCCGGGACCCCCGGAGGACGAAAGGGACGAUGACGGUAGGGCAGUGUUCGCCAGGCUGAAUCCACCGGCGGAGGCAGCAGCAGAGGGAGUAGCGAAGGAGAAACCAGAAGCAGAUGCGGCGGUCGACGAAGUUGAAGCGAAAGAGCUUCCGAACAGGAACCCCGAGGACAAGGCGGGCGAGGAGGAAGAGGAGGAGAACAGUGAAGAAGAGGUGCCGAAGGAGAACGGGGACGAUGAUGAUUGCUGGGCGGAGGAGGACGAACCAGAGAUGAGGGAGAAGGACGGGGAUGAGGAGGAAGAAGAAGAGAACGGGGAUGAGGACGACGAGGAGAACGGAGACGAGGAAGACAAAGAGAACGGUGAUGGGGACGACGAGGAGGCGAAGGUGAAGGCGGAGGAGGACGCGGGCAGGGAGAAGGAGAAGCCCGACGGCGACGAAGACGACGACGAAGAAGCUCCAGACGAGGACGAAGCUCCCGACGAGGAGAAGUUGAAGAAGGGCGACGCCAUGCCGCCGCCGAUCUCCCGCCCGCUCGCCGGCCGAUUUAGGGAUUCCGUCGCCCAGCGCAGUGCUCGAGGCGGGGCUUUGGAGGGAAAGUGGAGGGAUGGAGGAGAGUGA